GAUUACGUCAGCAGGUUCCAUUUCCUGUUGUGAAGUGCGGAGCUCGGUGGACGUGUGUCUUUCUUUCUCCGGUUGGUUUGUCUAUCCUGAGGCCGGUACCAUGGCGAUGCAAGCUGCGAAACGUGCCAAUAUCCGUUUACCUCCCGAAGUGAACCGGAUAUUGUACAUCAGGAACUUGCCUUAUAAAAUCACUGGGGAGGAAAUGUACGAUAUAUUUGGAAAGUACGGACCCAUUCGGCAGAUCAGAGUUGGCCACACGCCGGAGUCCAGAGGCACAGCAUACGUGGUCUAUGAAGAUAUCUUUGAUGCCAAAAAUGCCUGUGAUCACCUUUCUGGUUUUAACGUCUGUAACAGAUACCUGGUUGUCUUGUACUAUAACGCAAACAGGGCUUUCCAGAAGAUGGACACAAAGAAAAAAGAAGAGCAGCUCAAACUUCUCAAAGAGAAAUAUGGAAUCAACACCGAUCCUCCCAAAUAACCCCAUUUUAUUUCACCGGUUUUGAUAUAUGUUUUUUGUAUA